CAGUGUUGAUGGUGACUAGUCAAGUUGAAUCAAUUCGUAAGAAAAGCAGCCAAAUUUUGCUGCAGUUUUUACUGGACUACCAUAUAUCUGAGAAACGUCUUCAACAACAUCUUGAUUUCUUACUUUCAAACUUAAGAUAUGAGCAUUCAACUGGAAGAGAAGCUAUCCUUGAAAUGCUUCAUGCUGUUAUAAUGAAAUUCCCAGUUAGCAUCAUAGAUGAACAAUCUCAGACGUUUUUUCUGCAUUUGGUGGUUUGUCUGGCGAAUGAUCGUGACAACAGAGUCCGUUCAAUGACUGGUACAGUCAUAAAGUUACUUGUUGGACGAGUCAGCCCCCGUUCACUCCAGUCAAUUCUUGAGUUUAGUCGGUCCUGGUAUCUGGGAGAUAAACCACAUUUAUGGAGUGCUGCAGCACAGGUUUUGGGGUUACUCAUUGAAGGACUUAAAGAUGGUUUCCAAAAGUAUAUUGAUAGCCUCCUACCUGUUAUGAGAAACAUCUUGCAAUCUGCUGUUAAUGUUCUUACAAAUAAGCAAGUGGAUCUACCGAAUGAUGCAACGAUUUCAUCUUGGAAAGAAGCAUAUUAUUCACUGGUUCUGUUUGAGAAGAUAUUAAAUCAAUUUCCUAAGUUGUGCUUCAGAAAGGAUCUUGAGGAUCUGUGGGAAGCAAUCUGUGAGUUGCUUUUGCAUCCGCAUCUGUGGUUGCGCAACAUAUCAAACCGUCUUGUGGCUUGCUACUUUGCCACUGUGACUGAGGCUUGGAAAGAAAACCUUGAACUGCCACAAGAAACUUACUUUUUGAUGAGGCCAAGUAGACUUUUCUUCGUAGCUACUUCUCUUUGUUGUCAGCUGAAGGUGCUGCAGACUGAUGAUGCUGCCAGUGAUCUCAUUACUCAAAAUCUUGUCUUUUCAAUUUGCUCUCUGCAUUCAUUCUUAGGAAAAAAUGAAUGUAAAGAUGAGUUCUGGUCCACCAUUGAACAUGACGAGCAGGGUCUUCUGCUUAAGGCUUUUCAACAGCUUGAUUCAAGGAAAGGGAAAAACAUCUAUCUGUCUCUUGUGUCUGACCUUAGCGAUCAAGAAGAUGAAGGCCAGCGCUACUUGGUCAUUUCUUAUUUGCUUAAGACAAUGGGAAAGAUUUCCCUUCAUGUGGAGGAUAUGCAGAUGAGAAUUAUCUUCAAUUGUUUCAAAUCAGUUUCACCAAAGCUUAUAGAUCAGAGUAGAUUGUUGUCCCCUGAAGGUGAGGUUGAUUGCCAAAGCUUUGCAUAUCAUAUGCUGUUGCCCCUGUACAAAGUUUGUGAAGGAUUUGCCGGAAAAGUUAUAUCAGACGACGUGAAACAACUGGCUGAAGGAGUGCGAGGGAGCAUAAGCAAUGUUAUAGGAACACAUAUUUUUGUCCAAAUUUACAGUCAUAUAAGGAAGAAUAUCAAAUCGAAGAGGGAUAAGAGGAAACAAGAAGAGAAGGUCAUUGCUGUGGUUAAUCCAAUGAGAAAUGCCAAGAGGAAGCUGAGGAUUGCAGAAAAGCAUAAAGCACACAAGAAGAGGAAAAUGAUGUCAAUGAAGAUGGGAAGAUGGAUGUAGUAGAAUGUGUACUAUUAUAGGGCUACAAAGCCAUUAUUAGGUAUGAACAAUUGAGCAUCGAUCUUCGAUGGCAGUAGCUUCUAUAGAAAAUUUUGUUUAAUUUAUGUAACCAAAUUUUCCAUUGUAUAGUGGUAGUAUGUUGAGUUGCACUAAGCUUAGUUUAAAAAAUUGAAUCAACUUUUUCAUUGUAUAGUGAAUAUAGUGUCUCUUUGAUUAACAUGCAAUGCCAGGGAACAUUGUAAGUGAUUGAACUGUGUAAUUUAUUGAUUUUUAGUAAUGGAGAAGAAUAUUCUU